GUUCCUUCCUUCUGGGUAUAAGGCGGGACCCUCUCUGGAAUGGGUCUUAUGACCCACAGUCAAACAAGAAUCAGGAAGUACCUGUGCAGGUUUGUUACAGAAGUAUACUGCAUGAUACUGAGGUUUGGAUUAUGAUGGAACUCAUUAUCUUGUGAUCAGAGAUGAAUGAACAAUCAGAGAAAAACAAUUCCAUUCAAGAGAGACACACAGAUCAUAGUUUUCCUGAGAAGAACUGUCAAAUUGGACAGAAACAACUGCAACAAAUAGAGCGGCAGUUAAAAUGCUUGGCAUUUCAAAACCCUGGACCACAGGUAGCAGACUUUAAUCCUGAAACAAGGCAGCAGAAAAAGAAAGCCCGGAUGUCAAAGAUGAAUGAAUAUUUUUCUACAAAAUACAAAGUAAUAAGGAAGUACGAUAAAAGUGGCAGGCUCAUCUGUAAUGACGCUGACCUGUGUGAUUGUCUAGAGAAGAACUGCCUGGGCUGCUUCUAUCCAUGCCCCAAGUGUAACUCUAACAAAUGUGGGCCCGAGUGUCGCUGCAACCGACGGUGGGUUUACGAUGCCAUCGUCACCGAGUCUGGAGAGGUCAUCAGCACAUUGCCAUUUAAUGUUCCUGACUAGGUGCUCUUGCAUAUGGCCUGAUUCGUUUCUUCUUCUUACACAUUUAAGUCGACUUGUUUCUCUUGGGUGAAUUUUAGGGCUUGGGGGAAAUAUUGAGAAAACAUACUGAAGACUCAUGUUCUGUCAAGCCCCAGAACAAUGUAGAAUCGGCAAUAAUUCUGUAACCUUCUUAACUGUGUUAACAAUUUUCAAGUUCCUUAACAUGCAACCAAAGAAUGUAACAAUGGAGGGAUCAGCAUUUUUCAUCAGCACCCUCAUCUCUAUUCUGCCUUCAAAUUAAAACUCUCUUCCCUCUUUGCUGAUAUCUGAGAAAAUGUAGCUUUAAGGUUUUCAAAACUCUGUAGCUGAGAGCUUUUCUUACAUAGAACAUAGAAUCUUAAAUUUAUAAUAUCUAGUUAUCCUUAGAAUCUUAUACAUCACUAGCUGUGAAUCAGAAUUGCCAUUUGGAUUAAAAAAAAAAACUGUGACUUUGCACUGUAUACCCGUAGCCUCAUUUUUUUAUUGUUCAUGUUUUAAUAACAUUGAAAUGAAAUUUGGUAACACUUGGUAGUAUUUUUAAUCAUUAAAAUUUGUAUUGCACUUGUAAAAUUGAGAAGUUAGGAAUUUAAUAUCCUAAAAGCCAGGAGUUUGCAUAUUUUUGAUUUCAGAAGCAGUAUUUCAGGAUUUUUUUUCAUAGAGAGGAAACAAGUUAUACAAAAAUGAUUUUCUGCAUGUUUGCUAAUUGAGUGUGUUGAUAAGCAAUUGACUAGAUAAAUGAUGUGGUCUUUUCAAUUUUGAUACAUUAUCAGAGCUAUAAAAAAUUGAAUUCAGCUUUCUUUGAAUUCAUUUUUUUAUGACACUCUCUUUUUAACCCUAAGUCAGUGGUUCUCAUUCAUGAGAAUUGCCUGGAGGACUUGUCAAAACAUAGAUUUUUGUGGCCCCACACUCAGAAUCUGGGACAGGGCUCAACCAUCUGUUCCACGUUCCCAGGUGAUGUUGAUGCUGCUGAUGUGGGGACCACACUUUGAGAACCCCUUCUCUAAAUUAUUUUGGAUACAUAAUGUAAGAAAGUCUUUAAACCUCAUUGACUAUGAUACUGCCACUGCACGAAGCUGGAAGUAUUUAAAUAAAGUAAUGUAAUAAAAAUUUAAAAGUAAAUAGGAGCAUUUAAGUUUUAAAAUAAAUUUGAAAUAGUAUAAAUAGAGGGUUUUUUGUUGCUGUUGUUCUUUUUCUUUUUUUUUAGACGGAGUUUCCCUCUGUCACCCAGGCUGCAGUGCAGUAGCACGAUAUCGGUUCACCACAACCCCUGCCUCUGUGGCUCAAGCCAUUCUCGUGCCUCAGCCUCUCAAGUGGCUGGGAUUACAGGCUUGCACCACCACGCCCGGUUAAUUUUUGUAUUUUUAUUAGAGGUGGAGUUUCACCAUGUUGGCCAGGCUGGUCUCAAACUCCUGACCUCAAGUGAUCAGCCUGCCUCACCUCCCAAAUUGCUGGUAUUAGAGGUGUGAGCAACCAUGACCGGCCUUUUAUAAAUAGAGUUUUCAGGAUUUAUUUUUCCUUCAUAAUCAGUUUUUAGCAAUCACUUCUGCACAAUCUACUUGUGCCAGGGAACGUUUCUGACAAUUCUGGAUUUGGUGCUUGACGUAUGUUUUAGGACUAAAAUAAGAAAAGUCCUAAAAGUAAUGGUGUGACUACAGUACACCUGUCCAUGGAGCAAGAGAACUUACAUUCUUCUGCAUCAUUCUCCAUAGAAUUUACUGGGGUUUCCAGAUUUCACUUACUUUUGUUGAGCAUACACCAUGAACUAAACAUUGUGUUAACAUGGUAAUGAAUUGCAUUUCCUUUAACCAUCACAGCCCAGUAAGGAAGACAUAAAAUCAAAUUACCCAAAUCACAUUCUUUGAAAUGCUCACCAGGAAUGUGCAGCCCGGAAACCAGUAAAAACAAGCAGGGCCUUUUUCAAUUUAUAUCUUGUUUUAUUUUUGAGAAUAAUUAUUAUUUUGUAAUUGGCAGACCAAAUGCAUUUAUUACUUCUUCAUUUUAGAAUCCUAUAAUCUUAGGGCCAAAAAGAGCCUUGCAGCUCAUCCGUAUAGUGAAUCAGUCGACAAAUACUAACAGAGAGGCUGCUCUGUGACAGGUAGCAGGCUACGUGCAGGGGAUCAGGCAGUGAACAAAAUCUGCCGGGCUCCUGUCUUCGUGGGGUUUAUGGACUAAGGCCAAACUCUUUUUGUUUUUUGUUGUUUUUGUACCUUUGCAACUGAGGAGAUUUAGACCCAGUGAGAUUAAAUGACUCAGGUAAGGACACACAGAAGAACUACCAGCCCUGGUGUUUUGAACACUAAGACUAGGUCAGAGUUCUUUCAGUGAUGCCACAUAUUUCCUACACUGCACUCAUUAAGUGCUUUUAAUAUAAUAAACAUUCCUAAGACCCAUCCCAAACCUCAGGAAUCAGAACCUGUAGGAAUGAGACCUGGGAUUCCGUAAUUUUAAGCAAGCAUCGCAGUUAAGUCUCAUGAUCUGAUACAUCUGAGAAACACUGCCCUAUAUCAUCAGUUGUCCAAUUUUCAUGCUAAAAAAUAAUCCUAGGCAAAUUAGCAUUAAAGCCUCCUUCCUGCUGUCUCCUCUUGUCACUCAGUCUUAAGGAAUCUGGUUUAAAAUGAUCUGGCUUAAAAAGUGUGUUGAAAAAUUAUAUUGGUAAAUUUUCCAAGUAAGACAAAAAAUGAAGUAAAAAACUGCAUAAUUAACUAAGCGGACACCUAAUACUGCUAUUAUGGAAGCCUAGUAAAGCAUUUGAUGAAGUACACUUUUAGAAAUCAGGUUAUUUCAUCUUGAUAUAAUGCCAUUUCAAUGUAUUUUUUAAAAAUCUCUUGCAAUAAAUAAUUAUUACGAAAAUAAAUUUAUGUGAGUUGUCCG